AUGGCUCACUUCAUGGACCUCAACACUUUACUACCGUCGAUAUCUAAACCACGUGAGACUUGGAAGAUCGUAAAACCGAGCGGGUUUGUUUGCAGGAAAACCAGAGAUUUUCAAGAGACUGAUUCAGUGGUACAGCUUCCAAGACGGAUGAUGACAGGCUGUCUCCAUAGCUCUCACUGGAACUUUUGGCGAAAAUGGUGUUUCCUUGGCACAAGAAAACAAUGGGUUUUGGAUCGAUGGUCCUCUUCCAACUCCUCCUAUUUACAACAGUUAAGCAAUAACCUCUUAUCAAACUCUUGA